CCAUGGGCAAUGCAAAACCUACCCUCUGAAGCCAUUAUAUAAACUGAGUCUGUCACCGAGAAGAAGAGCAAGAGCAAAAGCAAAAGUAGUCAAGUGUGAUUCUUAUCUCCAAGAACAAGAACAGCAAUGGCGAUGAUGGGCCCUCAGUGCUGCCAAAACCCGCCCGUUAAGAUCCCGAAUGCCGGGUCGGGUCACGUCGAGAAGCUCGGUGGCCUUGACGCCUAUGUCACUGGCUCCCCUGAUUCCAAGUUCGCCAUUCUUCUCGCCUCUGAUGCUUUCGGAUUUGAAGCUCCAAACUUGAGGAAACUCGCUGACAAGGUUGCAGCCGCUGGGUUCUAUGUGGUGGUUCCUGACUUCUUCCAUGGAGAUUCCUACACGCCCGAGAAUCAGGAUCGACCUCUUCCUGUCUGGAUCAAGGAUCAUGGACCAGAGAAGGGAUUUGAGUACUCAAAGCCAGUUAUUGAGGCUUUGAAGAGCAAAGGCAUAGACGCCAUUGGAGCAACAGGGGUCUGCUUCGGUGCAAAGGUUGUGGUGGAACUGGCAAAACGCCAGCUUAUUCAAUCAGCUGUUUUGCUUCAUCCUUCUCUCGUCUCUGUCGACGAUAUCAAGGAGGUCAAGACUCCAAUUGCUGUGCUAGGGGCUGAGAUUGAUGGCACGACCCCACCUGAGCUCGUGAAGAAAUUUUCAGAAGCUCUGGCUUCCAAACCCGAUGUGAAGAGCUACGUGAAGAUAUACCCAAAUGUGGAGCAUGGAUGGAGCGUUAGGUACGAAGAGAGUGAUGCAGAAGCGGUUAAAGCUGCUGAAGAGGCUCAUAAGGACAUGCUGGAGUGGUCUUUGAUCCAUGUCAAGUGAAAGAUCAGAGUUUGGAUCUUUCAUUUUGGUGUGUGUGUGUAUGUAUGUAUCAUUCUUUGUAUGAAUGGUAUAUAUGUGUAUACAUAUCCAGAAAACUAUCAAAUCUAUCAGACCCAUGAGCUGUGAUGUCUUGUCUGAAUGUCAGUCCUAUGCAAUCUUGUAUGAAAGGUUUGUGUUUUAUUAAUGCUUGUAAUGCUUGUGAUGGUUGUGUUUAUGUAUGAUGUAAUAAAAUCAUGGGUCAUGUCAUGUG